AUGGCCGAGUUGAUAUCCACUUCCAACCUGCCCUCUGUCACAUUCGUUGUCACCGCCUUGACUUUGGCCGUUUUUUACACUUUACAGCGUCGGAGGUCGAUGGUGCCACUUAUCAACCCCAAACGGUGGUUUGAAUUUUCGGAUUAUAGGAUCAAGCAGGAAUUCGUUCACAAUGCAAUUCCGCUGGUUAAACAGGGCUUCGCGGCAACUGGCAAUAAGCCGUUCCGCAUCCUUGCAGAUAGCGGAGAAGUCACGGUUCUCCCUCCUGAUGCAGCCAACGAGAUUAAGAGCAAUGACCACAUGAGCCUCGAGCUUAAUGUCUCCAAGAACAAUUGUAAAUCUGACACGGUAACAAUCGCGAAGCACUUUUUCGGCCACCUCCCGGGAUUCGAGGUAUUCAAUGCCACGGGACUGGAUAUGAAAGUUAGCAAGUCCAUAGUCCAGCGCCAGUUGACCACUCAUCUUAACAAAGUAACAAAGCCGCUCUCUGACGAGGCUUCAUUGUCACUUCAGGAAAUCCUAACAGACAACAAAGAGUGGCAUGAGAUUACCCUGAAAAACGAGCUUCUGCAGAUCAUCGCCCGCAUCUCUUCCAAGGUCUUCACCGGUGAUGAGCUAUGUCAUGAUAAAAGAUGGCUGGACAUUACUGUUAACUACACUAUCAUGGCGUUCGCGGCUGCAGAAUCACUAAGAAUGUGGCCCCCCUAUCUUCGGAGCAUCGUCCACUGGUUUUUGCCCAAAUGCAGGGCAUCCAGAGCUGAAGUUGUAAGGGCACGUACGGUUAUUGAACCUAUUUUGAAGAGGCGUGCAGAACAGAAGGCCGCCUUCGCAGCACAGGGAAAGAAAGCUCCUGAGAUCAAUGAUGCUAUUGAAUGGUUUACCAGCGCCACAACAAUUGAAGGUUUCACUCUUGACCCAGUUAUAGCCCAGCUUGGACUCAGUCUUGCUGCAAUUCAUACUACGGGCGACCUCUCAACCCAAGUAAUCCUUGACAUAGCUUCUCAUCCGGAAAUUAUCGAGCCGCUGAGAAAGGAGAUGAUCGAAUCCUUGAGUGAAGGGGGGUGGAAAAAGAACUCACUCUACAAAUUGAAGCUUUUAGACAGCGUCAUCAAGGAGAGUCAACGCAUGAAGCCCAUCGCUUCUAUCAACAUGAACCGUAUAACAACCGCCAACGUUACCCUCUCUGAUGGCACCUUUAUUCCCAGGAACACCUCAACCGCUGUUUCCAGCCACCGCAUGUGGGAUCCCAGCGUCCACACUAACCCAGACCAGUGGGACGGCUACCGUUUCUACAACAAACGUCAGGAGCCUGGACAAGAAAACUUGUCACAGCUCGUCAGUACUAGCCCGGACCACCCAGCCUUUGGACAUGGCCAACAUGCGUGCCCCGGCCGCUUCUUCGCUGCCAACGAAAUCAAAGUGUUGCUCUGCCAUUUGCUCCUGAAGUAUGACCUGAAAAUAGUGGAAGGGUCGAUGAUCAAGCCGUUUUCGUAUUCCUUUUCGAUGAAUGCGAAUCCUUUUGCGCCGCUUAUGAUUCGGAGGAGGGAGGAUGUGAUUGAUCUGGAUGCGCUGGAUGCGUAG